AUGCCAUCUUCGUCGAAUCAAAUUGAAGUUAUUGGUGCUGGUUUUGGGCGCACUGGCACUUUAAGCUUAAAACAAGCGUUAGAUGAACUUGGAUAUAAUUGUUACCACAUGAGAGAAAUUUUGAAACCUGAAAAUAAUUUUCACUCUCAGUUAUGGUUAGACGCUUAUAAUAAUAGUCAGUCGUUUGAUUACGACCGCAUAUUUGCUCCACAAGGCUAUACAGCAACGGUUGACUGGCCCGGCGCUUAUUUUUACCAUGAAUUAAUGAACCAAUACCCGCAAUCAAAAGUCAUCUUAACUAUCCGUGAUAGUAGUGAGAGUUGGUUUGUAAGCUUCUAUGAUGCAUUCUACGGAACAAGUUUUAUGGGUCGUUUGGCUAAUCUAAUACGACUAUAUCUUCAUGAUGAUAUCACUCGUAUAAACAACGCGAUUAUUGGCGAGGGUACAUUCCAUAAACAAGGUACUAAGAAAGACUACGCAAUUAAAAUGUAUGAUGCACACAUUAAACAGGUGCAGAAACUUGUACCGAAACAUCGUCUGUUGGUGUUAAAUGUGAAAGAUGGAUGGAAACCUGUAUGUGAUUUUUUACAAAAACCUAUACCACGAAGCCGAUUUCCUUUUGUGAAUCAAUCCGACGAAAUUCAUAGCAGAUAUCUGAAAAGGACUAUUAAGAAGGUUUAUAAAUAUAUACUGUUUAUUCUGGUGAUAAUUCUAAUUUUUAUACUUUUCAGAGUAUGGUAGCAACUUUUUCAAGCAUGUUUUGUGAAACAUUUCGGUCUCCUAACAUAAACAGUAAAAUACAAGAUGUUGCGAGAAAUCACAAAGAUACAUGCUACUUCCUUCACAGUGUUUCGUAUUUUGUGGGUUCGUUCAAGCACAUACUUCAAGAUUUGUCUCCAUGCACAUGAAUUUCUUACUGAUCCAAAACGCUAGAGGUAUGUGCUUGACUUUCUUGUCUCAUGCGCUUGAGUUGCUUGAAGUAUGAGCAUGAGGGGAGAAAUAUCUAAAACAAUGUGCAUAUCUUAAGAAAUAAGAAAGUCAUGCAUUAGCAGUUUUCCGCUUUGUAAAUCGCUCAAGCUUCGUUUUUUAGACUUGAUUACACCAUGUUUUACUCGGACUUUUCUUCGAGAACAUGAUACAGUCAGUUUUUUAGUCUUUCUCGGCUGUCUGGUACUCUUAUCAGAGCUCCGUAUGGACUCAAAAUUCUGAGUCCAGCCCAGUCCAUCGACUCAAAAACUCUAUUCCAGUCCAAUCUGAGUCCAUGAAAAACAGGUUUUUCAGUCGAUGGACUCUAAAAAAGUAGUCCAACCCAGUCCACAAUUCGAAAACAACUCGUUUUUCGCCGAUUCAAUUGAAUCCAAAACUUUUUUCUAAGUCCAGACGAGUCCAUGGUCUUGAAAGUUUGCCCAGUCCAAGUCCAUGAACUCAAAAAAUUUUUAGUCUAGUCCAUAUGGACUGGACUGAACUAUGGACUCAGUCCAGUCCAUACGAAGCUCUGACUCUCACCACACCAUAAUCUUUACCUACAAAGGAAAAGAAGUCAUUUUCAAUGGAAAGCUCAUGACAGUUCAGAGUGAGUACACAGCAAUCUUGACUUUCUACUAUUCACUCCACCCUUAAAAAUCUUCAUGUUAUCUUUUGCCACACUGUUGAAUGUAAUUUUUCGAUAGUCUGUGAUGUGUUUGUUCGAGAAAAAUUUCCCCCUUAGAUUGACUAAGUUCGCUCCGCGUUGUAUUUCUCAGGUUUGGUUCAACAUGUGACUACAAUUUGAUCUCAAAAUAAAACUGAGAAAGCUGUUGUGUUUUGAAGUUCGUCUGUGAGUUUUACUGGUAAGGUAAUGUUUACUGCGUGUGAAGAAAAGAUUCACGCUUGGACUUCCAGAGAAGCGUAUCCCUAAAUUCUGGACGCUAAUAUCAGUUCGUUGCUAGAGCUCUUUCGCUGCUUGUUUGCUUUUUUGGUUUUAGUAUGAAAGAGCCUAAUCUAUCUCAUUCUUCUUCGUUGAAUGUUAACUGGCUUGAACAGCAUUAGCAAGAAAGAGCGUAUUGCCUACCCUGUGGGUUCUGACACUUAGAUUCUUGACGCAUAAAGUAUUUUCACAGUUUCUCUUUGCUUCUACAUUUCCGCGCAUGUAGAACGAUUUCCGCACAACUUUUCUGAGUAGUAGUUCCAAUUGAUAGUCAUUUAAAUGCUUAGCACGGUAAUGUCUAAAUUCACCUCUUCAACCUGAAUGUUUAGAUUUGCCUUUAGCAUUUCUCUGGCAGCAGGAUGAUGGUCUUCCGGCUAGAUCUUAUCAGAUUUUAUCUGCCUUUGUGUUCUAUUUAAGGUGCCGCUAAUUCAGAAAUGCAGUAAAAUAUAUUUUCGCGAUAUGUAUACACGGUUGGAUAGAGCUUGUCGAGCUGAUCAAGAAUAUACGUGUAAUUUUUCACCACAACGAAAGUGCUUCUCAAGGCUGAGUUUGGAACGCGAAAUGUGGCAGACUCUGCCAGUUUUUGAAUAACUCCAGAAUGGAAAGGGUAGCACUACCGGUUUUUACCACACGAUACCCAAGACUUUCUAGAAUUUUUACUUACAAUCGCUACAUACAUGCAUACAUUUAUUUUGCCCCUUUAUAGCUGGAGAGGGAUUUUGUUAGUUUUUCGCCUCGGAAUUCAAUAUUCUAGAAUACUGUGUAAUACUCCUAAUAUAUUGACCGUUGUUCAACAGCUUUUUUGUAUUGAUUGCUGGAACCAUGAAGGGCGUUGUUGCUCGCGAUUUUGUUGUGGUGGUUUCAAUAAUUCAUGUUCAACUUCUAGUUGAUUUUUCUGAGGAUU